CGCCAUGGCGGGUUCUGGGCGGUCGCCGACUUUGCGCCGUGGCCGCCCGAGGUGCACUUUCGCUGCGACCCGGCGCACGACGACGAUGACGGUGGUCACUGCAAGCGCUACGCGCCGUUGCCACCCAACCGCGGGUACUCGGCGCGGGUGCCGGACGAUACGACCAAAGUGAGUCCGAUGCUGCAGCUACUGCCGUGCCGCCAGGCCCUCGCCGGCUCCAAAGAAGAAUUGUAA